UGUAAUAACAACUUCCGGUUACAAUUUUCUGGAAAAAAUUUUCAUGUUUUUGUAAUUUCCACAUUUGAAACAUGUUUGCUGCAGCCAGAUUGACACAAGUUCCUCUCACAGCAUUUGUGACAACACUUUCAAAGCCAAGCCUCCUUUCGCAGCCUCUGACUGUCCCUAACAUAGUAGCCAGAACAAGACAAUAUGCGUCACAGGCUAAGGUAUCACGUCCCUUUAGAAGGACACGCCAACAAACUACAUCCCAAACACAGACACUCAAGGAGAAAAUUAUGGCUCCUGCAGGGGACACUGCAUUCACUAUGGGACGGGGUCUAGUUGCCGGAGCUUCUUUACUGGGUAUAGGAAGUCUGGCUUUCUAUGGUCUUGGCUUGUCCAAUCAGGUUGGAGCUAUAGACAGAGCUGUUUUAUGGCCUCAGAUAGUGAGGGAUCGUAUCAAGACAACCUACAUGUACUUUGGUGGAGGCAUUGCAAUCACGGCUGCAUCAGCUCUGGCAGCCAGCAGAUCACCUGUUAUCCUGAAUUUGAUGAUGAAAAAUUCUAUAAUGGCCAUGAUUGGAACAUUUGCAGUUAUAAUCGGCAGUGGUAUGGUAGUGAGAUCUAUACCAUAUAAGGAAGGAUUUGGUGCUAAACAGCUGGCCUGGAUGGGACAUGCAGGAAUUAUGGGUGCAGUAAUAGCCCCUCUGUGUUUAUUAGGGGGCCCCAUACUGGUGAGAGCAGCAUGGAUGACAGCUGGUAUAGUAGGAGGUUUGUCUACCAUAGCAGCCUGUGCACCUAGUGAAAAGUUUCUCAACAUGGGAGGUCCUCUAGCUUGUGGCCUGGGACUUGUGUUUGCAUCAUCCAUUGGGUCCAUGUUCCUACCACCCACAAGUGCCCUUGGGGCAGGCUUAUAUUCUGUGGCGAUGUAUGGGGGCCUUGUCCUGUUCAGUUUAUUCCUUCUUUACGAUACACAGAAGAUUAUAAAAAGAGCAGAAACUCAUCCAGUCUAUUCUACAGUUCCAUUUGAUCCCAUUAAUUCAUCAAUCAGUAUAUAUCUGGACACAUUGAAUAUUUUCAUCAGACUUGCAAUGAUAAUGGCUGGAGGUGGUGGCCGCAGGAAGUAAACAAACAAGUUUUGGAAUAAACUCCGUCUGCUAGAUCUGUUUAGUGUUGUAUUAUGGGAAGGCCAAAAAAUACUGAAUGAGCUUGAAAGAUGGGACACAGCAGUAUAAUAUAAACAUAUAUUGAAACUCAAGGAGUGUUUCUUUGAUAUGACUUUAGGAUUUGAAAAAAGUACAAAUACAGAAGACUUUCCAUACAUGUUUUACUGUGCAUAUACAAAAUAUCAGAGUAUGGUGUAAAAUUGAACAUUUAAUUUUCAAAAGAUUUCAAAAGAAUCAGUGUUGUUUCUUUAUUUUUACCUGUUAUCGCAUGUUUUAUUUACUAGAUGGUAUUUAAAAGAUAUGUUGUGCAUCCGAAAAAAUUGGCAAAAGUUAUUGUAAAUAAAAUGUACAUAAUGAAUAAAUUAUAUAUACCUUAAAAUGCUAAUUUAUCCAUCGAAUUUCACGUUAAUCUGAGAAUUGUUGUUGGGCAGUUUUUAAAUCAAUGAUGUGACAAGAUUCAAAAUCUAAAGAAAAGCAAGGAGUUAAAGUUUCACAAUUAAGGAAAAUACUACUGCGUGAUAUUCAUUGACACUACUUGUAGCUACCACUGGUUCUCUCUUUGUAUUUAGAAGCCCAUAUAUAAUGUUUGAAGAACCUGAUUUGUAUUGUAUCUUGUUUACCACCAAUGAAGGUGAGCAAUAUCUCUUAGGUACAUCCCGGAUAUGUCUGAUCGUAAUUAACACAUGUAACCAUGAAAGGCAAACCUAGGAACCCCAGGAGGAGGCCGUGAUCUUUUUUAUAUACUCAUACAUAAUUAUCAUACAGGUACACAUCUUUUUACGAGUUGUGGACCACUCAGUCAAACACCUUGA